AUGGCGGCCGGUGACGGCGACGAGGAGGUCAUCGGUGAGGAAGAAGAGGAGCCGGCGGAGGAAGGCAUGGAAGGCAUGGACGUCUGCCGGCCGCGGGACGAAGAGGAGGAGGCACUCCAACUUGACCACCAGCUCGACCAAGGCAAGUUCCACGUUGGUGUCAGCUGGGUUCACCUCAGUGGCUUGAGGGGGAAACGCGAGCAGUACAACGGAAUGAAGUGUUUGAUCUCGUCCUUUGGCAUACGCGACCCCUCGAAGGUGAAGGUUCGCAGCGCCGAGAAGAACGAGGACGGAAAGUACAUUGCUCUCUGGGUGAAGCGCAUCAACUGCCGCAACACCGUGCACAAGGACACCGGUGCUUGGAAAGCGACACCGAACCCCGAGAACACCGGAGCCACGGGAGCAGCCAGAUGGGUUGCUCUGGGUCGACCUGAGGUGGAUGCCAUGCAGGGAAAGCUCAAGUACCAGAAGACCGAGGAGGAGGAGGCGGCCCGCGCCGAGCUCUUCAAGCUGGUGGACAUCAAUCACAACGGGAUGGUCAGUUUGGCAGAGAUCGAUAAGGCCCUUCCGGAGGUCAUGGGCUGCACAGCGCUGUUCAACGCGAAGCCCGCCAUCAUCCGAGCUUUUCUGGCAGCAACGGGACGUCCUCCGGCCCGGCAUGAUGCCGCAGCGUAUCGGGAGCACGAGAAGCACUACGUCAAACCGGGGGAGCAGUUCCGCUUACUGUUGCAAUACCUCCACGAGUUCUUUGAAAUGUACCUGAUAUUCCAAGACAUGGCCGACGCUGACGAAGACCGCCGCAUCGACUGUCAGGAAUUCGCCAACUUCGUGACAUCUGGCAAGGCCGAGAAAGUUGGCAUCAAGGUCACUCCAGAAAUGUUGGAGGACAAGUGUGGUGACACCCCCAUGCCUGGUUACUCUAUCUUCAACGAGAUUGAUGAAGAUCAAGGAGGCUGCAUCUUGUUCAAGGAGUUCUCCGACUACUGCAUCAGAAUGGGCUUGAAGGAUCCGGAUCGUGAGCCCAGGCACGGUGAUUCGUCCAAGCUUCGAGAGAUGUUCCGCAGCGCCAAAGACAUGGACGACGCUAUGUCGCUGGGGCGGUUCGUUGAGAUCCUGAAGAAGGUGGGCAUCAAGGACUCGGAGAUUGAUGCAAUGAUCAAGUCCACAGACAAGAACCGCGACUACAAGAUCGAUGUGGAUGAGUUCAUGGACUGGCUGAUGGACGAGAGCCACAGGGCAGCUUUUGUAGCAUCGAGUGGCUAA